ACACAACCGAACUGGUUUCGCUGAUUUGUCUAUUGUGAUUAUCCCAUCCAUAAUUCCAUCUGUGAAUCAGACACUAGACAAAAGCGAAAAACAGUCAUGAGGACCAUAGCCCUGGGCAGUCACACGCGAAUCGCCGUUCCAUACAUCAUCAUCAUCCGCAUCUUCGUCGCUCCGACCAUUAUCCUUUAAAAGCUGGCUUGGACUGGGUUGUGUAAAUAUUUCAUGGCCUGCCCAAUGGGUGAUAAAGGAGAGAAGACGAGCUAUGGAACUAAAGGACACGUCGGCGACAGACGAAGGAAUAAAAACCAAAAUGCAGAAGACGAUGGCAUAUAAAUAAUGUAAAAAGUGUGAAAUGCGCCUAAUGGUGUGCCAAGCCCGGAGUAAGAGCGGAAAGGCUGGCGAAAGCGAAAAGGAGCCCAUGAAAUGGCGCAUAAAAUGACAAUUGACAGCUGAUGAUAUUUUUGCUUGAAUGCGCUGUCUCAACCAUCCAUGUAUUUCAUAAAUAUUUGAUCGAACAGCAGGUCCAUGUAACAUUUUCGUUUCUUGUUGCCAGGUGAAGGCGAGUGAAGUAAAAGCAGCAAUUCCAGUAAACAAGCUCAGACUGAUUCAUUUGGAGAAGCGGACGAUCAAUACCGAAUUCCACAAUACACAGGUUGCCGUUUCUUCCACGUUGUCGUUCCGUUAAAAAAUACCCACCCAUCGAUAUGACAUGCAAAAACUGCCCACCCUACAAGGCCUCGGAACUGGGCGUCUUCUUUCCCGACUGCUUCGAACGCGUCAGCGGGUUUUGCAACAAGAAGAAUCCUGGAAAUGUCCAGAACCUGCACAUCCUGGCCCACCGGGUGAUGCCCAAGUUCUUCGACGGCAUCGAGCUGGACUACCUGCACCGCCUGGCGCCCAACAAGUACAUCACCGCCUCCUGGGUUCUCAGCCACAUCAGGGCUUCCGGAUUCCGCUUCGGCGGUAUCUACACUUUCCGCGUCCAAGACGACACCAUGUAUACACCAACCAUUAUGGGCGACAUUCAUCCCACGACGCUGGCAGCCAACCUGAACAUCCUGUACUAUCCCAUCCAAUCUCUACGAAUGGAGGCCGUAAUGCAGAGGGCCACGGAAACUGCUCCGGUGGAAAGUCAGUACACGAUCGAGUGGACGCGGCAAUGCGACACUUGGACAGCCAACUUCUACAAUGUGCGCAAUGAAAAUGGCCGCUGCACGCUAUCCGUGAUGAGAUCGGUGACCGCCCACUGGGCUCUCGGCGCGGAGAUGCUCCUGGAGUGGAACGAACCACAGAAACUGAACCCGGACCUGGCCUUGGCAGCACGGUACUCCCAUUAUAAUUAUUCUUUGGCUGCUACCGCCUCGAGACAGGGUCUGGAUGUAAGCUAUUGGCAGCGGAUCCAUCCUCAAAUUCAGAUGGCCAAUCUUUUGGCCUGGAAUCGUAGCACCCGACAGACCAUAGCCACAAUAUGCUACCAAUGGAACUUCUGGAAUUCGGCCGUGCAUGGAAUGUUCGAUUCAGAUGCCUCUGUGGGCUUCAUGUGGAGCAAGUAUUUAAGGCACUUGCCGCUGCAAAUGGGUUUCAGUGUGGUGAUGAACCUUCCCACAGAUCGAUUUGCAUUCGGCAUGCGUUUUGUUUUGGAUCCGAGCGGACUGAGGCGUGGCGAAUAAUUGUGUGUUGCUAUACCAUUUUUGUUAUAUGUAAAGCCAAAUUAUUUAUUGCAAAUCUUAGUCGAGGGUUUAGAGAAUUACAAAUUUGCUGUUUAGAAAACUUAUA